UACUUAAGUGGAGGAGAAGAGCUUGAACUUGCUCCUUUCUUCUUCAUCUUCUUCCACCUUUCACACUAACUCCACUAUCCCUUUCGCUCCUUUUUCAGCUUUUCCUCAUUUUGAUUCCGUCGUCAGAUCACUUUCCUCCCUUUUGCUUUCCCUACUACCCACGAGGCUUUCGCUGACUCUGUUGGCUCCGUCCCGUCUCUUUCGGGUCGUUCUGUGAGGAUUGUUAUUGCCGGUUUCGGGUGCGAAGGCGGAGAAGCGAGAGUGUUCCUUUCGGUGGUCAAUAAUGGCGGAGGCCCCGAAGCCCGAAGAAAUAAGCCACCCUCCCAUGGACCAGCUUCAGGGACUAGAGUACUGCAUAGACUCAAACCCUUCAUGGGGGGAGGCGAUAGCUCUGGGGUUCCAACAUUAUAUUCUGGCAUUAGGAACAGCUGUGAUGAUCCCUUCCUUUCUAGUCCCAUUAAUGGAAGGCAGUGACGGAGAUAAGGUGAGAGUGGUUCAGACACUGCUCUUUGUCCAGGGAAUCAAUACGCUUCUGCAGACAUUGUUCGGGACCCGUUUACCGGCUGUGAUCGGCGGUUCUUAUGCGUUCAUGGUCCCAGUUAUAUCGAUAAUUCAUGACUCCUCCUUGAGGAGGAUUGAGGAUCCCCACUUGAGAUUUCUUAGUACAAUGAGAGCAGUUCAGGGCGCAUUAAUCGUAGCAUCAAGCAUUCAAAUCAUUCUUGGUUACAGCCAGAUGUGGGCGAUAUGUUCCCGGUUCUUCAGCCCACUCGGGAUGGCUCCUGUAAUUGCACUGGUGGGCUUUGGCCUAUUUGAUCGAGGUUUCCCUGUGGUUGGACGCUGCGUGGAAAUCGGCCUCCCAAUGUUUAUUCUAUUCAUAAUAUUUUCCCAGUACUUGAAGAACUUUCAAACAAAAGGUCUUCCGAUACUUGAGAGAUUUGCACUCCUUAUAUCAGUCACCGUUAUUUGGGCAUAUGCCCACCUCUUGACUGCGAGUGGGGCCUAUAAGCAUCGUCCCGUACUUACAGAAGUAAACUGUCGGACUGACAGGGCAAACCUCAUAUCUUCUGCUCCAUGGAUAAAGAUACCAUAUCCUCUCCAAUGGGGCGCACCAACCUUCAAUGCUGGCCAUGCUUUCGGGAUGAUGGCUGCUGUUCUGGUCUCAUUGGUCGAGUCUACAGGAGCUUAUAAGGCUGCAUCUCGACUAGCUAGUGCAACCCCUCCUCCAGCUCAUGUCCUUAGCCGUGGAAUUGGGUGGCAGGGAAUAGGUAUCCUGUUGAGUGGCAUGUUUGGGACAUUGACGGGCUCCACAGUCUCCGUUGAAAAUAUCGGUCUUCUUGGGAGCACCCGGGUUGGGAGUCGAAGGGUAGUCCAAAUUUCUGCCGGCUUUAUGAUCUUUUUCUCAAUGUUAGGAAAAUUCGGUGCGCUCUUUGCCUCGAUACCCUUCACAAUAUUUGCUGCCGUAUACUGCGUUUUGUUUGGUCUUGUCGCAUCUGUGGGAUUGUCGUUCUUGCAAUUUACGAACAUGAACUCCAUGAGGAAUCUCUUCAUCACGGGAGUGUCACUGUUCAUGGGGUUGUCUGUUCCUGAAUACUUCCGGGAAUACACCGCCAAGGCCCUUCAUGGUCCCGCUCACACCAGCGCUGGAUGGUUCAAUGACUUCCUGAAUACCAUCUUCUUCUCGUCCCCCACCGUUGCCCUCAUUGUAGCUGUCUUCUUAGACAACACACUCGACUACAAGGACAGUGCACGGGACCGGGGAAUGCCGUGGUGGGCCAAGUUCCAGACAUUCAAGGGAGACAGUCGAAAUGAGGAGUUCUACACUCUUCCGUUCAAUCUCAACCGUUUCUUCCCGCCAUCUUGAGGUCAUUCGUGUGUUACCCCAAGGAAGAGAGUUGAAGAGGAAAAGCAUCAUUUCCGGAGUAAGGAGUGGUCUUUUUAUAUGAUGAUGAGUAAGAAGGAAGAGCGAGCUAGAGAGAGUUGCCAAAAAUUGUGAACUGGGUUUUGUUAUGUAUAUAUUUGACCCUUUUUUUUUCGGUAGAUUAACGGGGCCAAGACCCAGAGAAAA